UUUGUCCGCCAUAUUUUAGAACGAGAAGGUGGCUUUUGGUCGAAAAUGCCGGAUUAUUUAGGAAAGGAUCAAAGAAAAACCAAGAAUGACGAUGACAAAGAGGAGAAACCAAUUCAAGGUACGUAUUUCGUAGUACAAGGAAACAUUAAAUGAAAGAAAUCAAGUAAAAAGUGUGUUUCAGACAAAGUAUAUUCGUGAACUUUUUUUGCCAUUCUUUUCUUCAGCACUCGAUGAAGGAGAUAUCGAAAUUCUAAAGACUUAUGUGAGUUUUACAACUUAUUACUAUUAUAGGAAUUUAUCCUGUUAAAACCUAAUUAAAGCAAAUACAGGAAAACGAGAUGAAUUCCACAAGGCCUUGAAGUUUGAGUUAAGAUCGAUGUUUGCAUGUGACCUUACGAAUGUAAAGUGGGUCCGAUGUAUAAUUAGAGUGAAAAUUACCUUGGUCUUGGGGAGAAAAGAGAUCGGGACAGGAAUAAAAUGAAUCAUCAGAACCACUGAAGUUUCAAGAGGCUUGUUAAAUUCGAAGCCCCAGCUCUGCUAAAAAAUUUUUGAGUCUGUGAUGAAGAUUUGACAACUACCAACUCUUAAACUACCAGGAAUUUUAUGCUAGGUAGGCUAUGAAGGGGAAAUAUGUCUCAAAUAACAGCCAUAUUGAGGAUAUUUAGGGGGAAAGAGGAAAGAAACAUGGUGAUGUUUUAUCUAUAGUUUAGUAACUGGUUAGAUCUCAACAAUUAAAAUUCAUUUACCAUGUAUGAGAGGGAUAAACACUGACAAAUUGGGACACCAUUUAAGGUGAUUUCUUUCAACUUACUUUAUUUUACAGGGUGCUGGAUUGUACAGCAGGUCAAUAAAAAAGGUUGAAGAGGGUAUACAAGGAACAUUAAAGAAAGUUAAUGAAUUGACAGGUAAUAUAAUUGCAAGUAUAAUAUCCAAAAUUUAAGCAGUAAUGACAAUAAGUGUAUUUGAUACUGUGUCAUUUUGGUAUCACAACCACUCUUGUGCUAUGAAAACUUUGUCAUUGUUUUCUAUGUCAUGUCACCUUUGUGAUAUAGAAAGGAAUGACAAAGACCAAUCCAAACCAGUUGUAAAACAUUUAAAUCUCUCAAAUAAAUCAGAGCAACAUAUGGUAGUCUGCUGCCUUUCCAUAAAUUUAGCAAAUUCAGAAAGCUGCCAAACUCUUCUACAAAAAAAGUAUCUUUUCGCAUCAGCACUCAAAAUCCACAUGGUAUCAAUAGAUGGUUUUAAUUCAACUAACUUAUUCUUAUGUUUUCCAUGGCAUAAUGUUCCUACCAAUUGCAUACCUCUGUUUUUCCGUAUGUAAACCACACAACCCUGCAAUUCCUCUGUGCACUCUAACAAAGGGCUCAUGUUCUAAAUAUCAGCUUCAGAAAAUUCUUUACAAAGGCCAAUUCACAUUAUCUACACAGCUAAAAAAACCAAAUUAACUGUGAACAAGAUAGGUUCAAGAAAAAAAAUGGGGUAAAUUUUUAAAGAAACUGUGGUGCUGUGUCAGUGGGAGAGUAUGACAGGGUAAUCUAGUAUUAUCAACUGAGUCAAUAAUGUGAAUUGGUCACCUUGAAGAGUUAAAAAGCUGACGUUUUGAGGGUUAGCCCUUCGUCAGAGUUAUGUUGAAGCUCUGACAAAAGGCCAAUGCUUUAGGCAUCAGCUUUUAAACUCUUUAUGGUGGACACUAGGUUCACAAGAAAGUUGCUGUUUUAGUAAUAUUAUCAUAAUAUGGUUGUUUGCUCCAUGGUUUUGAUUCAUGUUUAGAUGAGACAAAGUGUUUGUGGACCAUGUAGUUUUAGUCAGUUUUUUUUUUUCAUUAAUGGUAUGGUGUGUUGAUGGAAUACUAGCCUUACAUGUAGUUACUUAUGUUGCACAGGUAUUAAAGAAUCUGAUACUGGCCUUGCUCCUCCUGCUUUGUGGGAUUUGGCAGCAGAUAAACAAACUCUCCAAGGAGAACAACCCUUGCAGGUACAUUAUAUUAUCUGAAAACUGUAAUCCAAAUUUCAAAGGAAUCACAGUUUCAGUUCUUCUCAUGUGUGCAAUGAUUAAGAACUGAGCAAUUAAAUACCAGAAGAUUCUGGGUGUCUUGAUCAGAUGUUCAGUUUUUCCUGUGUUCAGGUCUGCUUCUCUGUACCAUGUAUCCUACCUGAUUAUGUUAAAAGUAAAUGCUUUUUAAGUUUGAUACUUUGUAACAUGAUAACAUGUUUUUGAGCUUUUUAUUUUAUGCUCAAGAGCUCUUAUGAUUAGAUAUUUAUUAAAUAUUUUUGUUCCUUAUGCACUGAUAUCUUGACUUAGGUUGCAAGAUGUACAAAGAUAAUCAAUGCAGAUACAGAUGAUGCCAAAUAUGUGAUUAACGUCAAACAGUUUGCCAAGUUUGUUGUUGAUCUAGGUGAUCAAGUUGCUCCCACAGAUAUUGAAGAAGGAAUGAGAGUUGGGUAUGAAUAUUAAAAAGAAUUGAUUGAUAUGUAUCGCUGUCAAUAUUGUAAGUAGAUUAACUUUAACUCUUUAACUCUCAUAAGCAACCAGAACAGAAUUUCGCCUCAAAAUAUCAAUACAAUAUCAAGCAGACAAUUGAUGAGAAUAAAGAAAAAUAUCAAUUAGGGGAUUAAAAGUUGAUCCAAUACCACAUUCUCCAAACUAACAUCAAGAGAACUGUAUGGCAGAGAAUAAGGAGAAUUACUAAUGAAAUCUUGGGAGUUAAAGGGUUAAGCUCCAGACAGACAUACAUCCUGCUUAAAGUAAAGCAUUGCUCAAUAUGGCAACACAAAUUGCUCCCAUUUGAAAUACCUUCAAUACAAUGUAUUCCUUACCUGGUGAUAAAAUUCACUUCCAUAGUACCUCUUAUUAUGGCCUAAAAUGACUCGAAAUUCUUGAAAAUUCUUUUACCUGUGGUGAUCAAAAUAAGGGGAACACUGUUCUUGUUUUCCAGUAUAUUUUGAGAUUUUGAAAUCAGACAAUAUUUUAUUAUUGUCAUUUUUGACUAUAUUUCACAAAUGUUCUCUUGUGAUUAAAUCUUCCAAAUUUUCUCUACAAGGAAGUGUUUCUUCUUUUAAUAAAGUUUUGCUCCAUGUAGCUUUUUCUGAAUUGUCACUUUUACUCUCAUUUCAGGGUUGACAGGAACAAGUACCAAAUUCACAUACCUCUGCCACCAAAGAUUGACCCAACAGUGACUAUGAUGCAGGUAAUAAUGUCAUGCUGUUAUCAAUCAGAAAGAUUUACUUGGCAGGUUAACUCCAGAAAAGACUCUAAACUCCAAGACUUCAUUAUUUGUUCUUCUUUGUAGGUUGAAGAGAAGCCAGAUGUGACUUACUCAGAUGUGGGAGGGUGCAAAGAACAGAUUGAAAAGCUUAGAGAAGUUGUAGAAACUCCACUUCUGCAUGUAAGGGAUUUUAUUUGUUUCUCCACAUGUAAUAGUAUUCAUUACACUUGGUUUUACUUAUUGUAGCUGGCUCAAUACAGGUAGCACUCUAAAAAUAUAACCUUCUUGUCUACCAUUGCAUGUAGGAAAAUGUUUUGUCAACAAAAUCUCAUAUAAUGUGGUUGGUAUUGAGCUGUAGGUUGUGUCAGGAUGCAGUAUUUCACAGUUUGUGUUCUGCAGCCUUUCCCAUGAACUAAUAUAUUAUUUCAUGCAACCACUUUAUGAUCUUAGGUUGCCAAAUGGUGUCCAUGAAUGAAUUUGAGUUAAAUGCCCUUGGGCAGGUUUCUAUUACUGAAGAAACAACCUCCUUGUUCUGAUUUGUUUAAUGAUCUUUAGUGAUGAAUGAGUCCCACAAACAAUAUGUACACAGACAUCUUUAUGCCAACUCUAAUAGACUAAAUUAGCAGGCAAAGCCUUCAGGAGCAAUGUCCUGAUAGCUGGUUACAACUGUAAAAAGCAUAAUUACAUGGAAAUAUGCGUAAAUAAUGUUCCAUGACGUCAAGAGAAUGUUUGUAUAAACAAAACAACAUGGCUGGCUCCUUUCUGAGCUGUUCAGUGGUACUAAGGCCUGGACGGGCUGCUGUACCCAAGUAAAGCAGUUAACUCUUCAUUUACCAUUUAUGUUUUCUAUAGUUACUGAUGGAUUUUCUUUCUUUCUUUAGCCUGAACGGUUUGUUAAUCUAGGUAUUGAACCACCCAAAGGGGUUCUCUUGUUUGGUCCUCCUGGAACAGGGAAAACAUUGUGUGCCAGGGCUGUGGCCAACAGGACUGACGCUUGUUUUAUCAGAGUGAUUGGAUCAGAACUGGUACAGAAAUAUGUGGGAGAGGUUUGUGAUAAUCUCUGUGAAUUUUUUUAGGAUUUUUUCUUGUUUCUUUUCUGUGCUUUUGUUAUCUUCACUCAAAGUAAGGCUUUGUGUUUUGUAGGGAGCAAGAAUGGUGCGUGAGCUGUUUGAAAUGGCAAGAACUAAGAAAGCAUGCAUUAUUUUCUUUGAUGAAAUUGAUGCUAUUGGAGGUAAUUUCUUUUUCAUCUUUUCUGAAGAAUGUGCAAUUCAGUGUGAGGAUAUAGCAGUUUUUUCAGUCAAAAUGUUGGAGAGUCCACAACUUUUUUAAAGUGAAGACAUGAUUAGUAAAUUCUUACUUACAAGAUUAUAACUGAUUUCACUUGUAGGAGGGGAUGUAGACAAAUACUUAGUAAAAUAUCUUCUAAAUUAUUUUUGGAACAAUAUUAUCAAUAUCUGAAUCAAACCAAAGAAAUUUUGAGACCUUCACAAGAGAAACGAAUUUUACACAGUUAGGAGACUUGGCUUUCUGAUAUUGAGGGUUUAAGGGUUGCAGAUUAUGUUACAAGGAUGGAAUUUUUGGUGUAAAUUAUGUAUUGCUAGUUCAUGAACAAUUUUCCAAUUUUGGGGAUUUCCCUUUACUCAUUCCUCUUUGAUAAUUUGGGUUAUUUUUCAUUCCUUUCUGCUAGGAACUCGUUUUGAUGAUGGUGCUGGUGGUGAUAAUGAGGUUCAACGAACAAUGUUGGAGCUUAUAAACCAACUGGAUGGAUUUGAUCCCAGAGGAAACAUCAAAGUUCUCAUGGCAACAAAUCGGUAAUAACAAUGGGAAAUCACAUAAUUUUGAAAUGCAUUCUAAGUUUGGCUCAUAGAGUUAGUUGUUUACAGCUUUCCAUUUGUGUUAAAUGCAGUUAUUUUAUUCCCUUCCAGACCUGACACACUUGAUCCUGCUUUAACCAGACCAGGAAGACUGGACAGAAAAAUAGAGUUUAGUCUUCCAGAUUUAGAGGUACAUUCACUUAAAUUAAUUUUAUAUGUUCUUCCUUAUUCUAAGCAUGGCAGGGUAAGAGAUUUUCAAACCCAUAGAUCAAUCCUUUUACCUGUUGAUUUUUUCAAGAAUUCCAAAGGAUUUUGGUCAGUAAGAAGAGGAACUGUAGGCUGUAAAUUGAACUGAUUAUCUCCUGAAAAGGAGGACACUGCAUGUUUACUUUGCCAAGAUGAGGUGUGUCGAUGAUAUAGGAGCCUGGAUACAAGUCCCCUGUGCUCUCUUCAUGUCGUGCUCGUUUUUCAGACACCCAUGAGACUAGGACAAGUAUGCCUGUAAGAGAAAUGGAGCAUUUUCGUGAAAGUUCUGAAUUUUUUUCCAGGGACGAGCUCAUAUAUUUAAAAUCCACGCCCGAUCCAUGAGUGUAGAGCGUGACAUUCGCUAUGAAUUACUGGCAAGAUUGUGCCCAAAUACCACAGGUCAGUCACAUUUUAAUGUUAUGGUCUCAUUGCAAGACGAGUUGUGGGUAGAUUCCAAGCUACAUUAGUGUCAUAUAUUUAGCGUUUGUUAACAUUGUUGUCUGAUUUCCAGGUGCUGAAAUUCGCAGUGUUUGUACAGAAGCAGGCAUGUUCGCAAUUCGUUCAAGGAGAAAAGUACGUAAGAAUGCUAAACUUUUGUUUUAGUCCCCGUCUCUAUGGGCUUGCUUCUUCUUCUUUCUGACUUUAUUCAACCGAUACACAGCUCGUGUAAAUACGGGUUAGUGCCUAACCAUUAACACCUUAACAUCAGUAUGCUUAAUCUCCAUACUGUUCUCUACACAUUUCCCAAUAAUGAUACUAAUUACGUUUGUAUAGCGCAGACCUCCAUAUGGAUAUAUUCAGUUGCGCUUCAAAAUAUUGUCAAAGUAAAGUUAUGUUAAAAGUAACUAAAAACAUAAGAAACUAUUUGAAGGCUAAAUUAAAAAAAAUUGGGUUCUAACAGCAGUCUUGAAAGUGUCCAAUGUCUUUAUGUUGCGAAUUGUCGAAGGUAAGGCAUUUCAAAGAUAAAGUGUAGCUGAUUGGAAUGCACGAUCGCCAACGAGUCUUAGUACUAGGUGACUCGGGUAACAAAGACUUGUUUGACCUACUAGAGUGCCGCAUUGCAAUUUGAUCCUAAUUAAUUCAAUAAAAUAAUUAGGAGCUGAACCAUGUAAACACUUAAAUGUCAAAAGUAGAAUCUUAAACUUUAUACGGUAACUAAUCGAGAGCCAAUGAAGGUGAAAAAGCAAUGGUGUAACAUGACAGAAUAUUGGUGUUCCCGUGACCAACCGAGCUGCGGCAAUCUGUAUUCGUUGGAGUUUCAAGAUAUGUGAAUUCGGGAGGCUAUAUAGUAGACUGUUAUAAUAAUCUACUCUACUGGUUAAAAAGCAUGAACUAAUGAUUCGGUGACUAGACGACUUACAUAUUUCCUAAUUCUAUGUUUAGAAAGCGGAUGAGCAAGUUCUGUAAAUAUGACUUCGCAUACUCAUUUUCGAGUGAAACCAGGUUCCUAGGUUUCGAACUUCACAUGUUGGAACAAUUUGGAAGCCGCUAACCGACAAGAUACUGAUGUUACUGACUUUCUGAAGUUCUUGUCGCGUUCCAAUCCUAGGUGCUGACAAAGAGAAUUAAUUUUACAAUCAUUAGUUUCUUUAGUUGGUGAUCAUUUCCUUUAUUAUCGUGACCUUAAUGUUUGAUGCACGAGUGACAUUGUAGGGAGAAAUUAGAUUUUAGUCACUUUUAGGGUUUAUAGGGUUCACUGGAGCAUAUCGUACUUCUAACAACUCGGCCAAUGAGAUAAAAUUAAUGGAGAUAGGGAAACUAUAGGUGAUUCUGAUACCAUUCUCAACUUUUUAUUAACGAUUUGUUGUUGACAGGUUGCUACAGAAAAGGAUUUCCUUGAGGCCGUGAAUAAAGUCAUCAAGGCUUACGCCAAGUUCAGUGCCACACCACGCUAUAUGACUUACAAUUAG